AUGGCCGAACCGGAUACGAUUGCUGAUAUUGUUGGUCGACCAUACGCUCACGACUAUGUCAAGCCAGAUGUAUUUGUUAAUGUUUUCAAACCAUUAAUUGGUUCACACAAUUUACUAGUUAGUGAAGGACAUGAACAUAAAAGAGCAAGACAAAUGCUCAAUGCAGCUUUUCAUUUUGUCAACUUGAGAUCAAUGGUUUCUAUCAUGACUAAUGAAACAGCCAAAGCUAUUGACAGAUAUUUUUCUAUAUCACAAUCAAAAUAUAUUGAUUUACACAUGGAAAUGAGUAAUCUGACCUUAUCAAUUAUUAUGUCGAGUGCAUUCGUCAUUACUGACCGACGACAAGGUCGAUCUAUUAGCCUAUGUGCUGGUUCGGAUCUUCUUGAUCUCUUGCUAUCAGCUGUAGAUAGCGAUGGACACUCAUUUACAGAUGAAGAAAUCAAAGAUCAACCUUUAACCUUCGUUUUGGCCGGUCAUGAAACAACCAGUAAUCUUAUGGCAUGGGUCAUGUAUGUUUUGAUGACAAAUGAAUCUGUUUUUCGUGCAUGUCGCGAAGAAGUGGACAAAAUGUUACCGAGUGGCACGGAUCCUACUUAUGAACUUGCUUGUAAUCUAGUCGUGCGCGAAGCGAUCUUACAAGAAACUCUUUGUCUCUAUUCACCGGCACCUCUAUUUGUACGAAAAUGCAUACGUGAACAUAUCAUAAGAAAAGAAGGACAGCGGCAGCUGCACAUUCCUGCUGGUACUACAAUAGUCAUCAAUAGCCAUGCACUUCAUCGACGAGUGGCUUACUGGUCUAGACCACUUGAAUUUGACUAUACGCGUUGGAUGCGUGAUCCGAUAACAGAUUUGAAACCGAAAUUAUCUCAUCGUUUCUGCUAUUUACCAUUCGCUGCCGGACCACACAAUUGUAUUGGACAACGUUUUGCAAUGCUUGAAGCUAAAUUAAUGUUGGCUAUGCUUGUAGAACAAUGUGAUUUUAUAUUUGAACCAGGACAGAAAAUUGUACCAGAAUUUAUCAUUACUAUGAGACCGAAAUACGGUCUUCGUACUCGGGUCAGUAAGAGACUAUGA